UAUUACAGGUAUAUUAAUUCCCAAUUCUCCUCCCAUCAGACUGCCUUCGAUUAUCCAAAUUAUCAGCCCAGACAAAUAAAUCCCCCUCUAUUUGAAAGAAUGCUCAUUCACUUUCCACACCGGUCAGUGACAGUGAACAUAUCUUUAAACCAAUACUUGAUUACUCUACAUGCUGGCCUAUGGUCUUUUCAUAUAAACUCAUUUAGCAUUGUUUUGGUCAAGGCUGACCGUCUCUUGAAGAGAAGGACUCUACUCAUUUAGGCUCUGAGUCUAAACAGAGAGCGCUAUGGCUUCGGACUCGGACAACUUGGGCUUCUGUUUGGUGGACUAUGUGGUAUUUGCUGCUAUGCUGGUGGUUUCGUUGUCCAUCGGGCUAUUCCAGUCUCUGCGAUACACCCAGGGUCGCUCGAAUGUGGACAACUUCUUCACAGGGGGCAGGGGUUUCUCUGCUGUGCCGGUUGGACUGUCGCUCUGUGCCAGCUUUAUGUCAGCUGUCCAAGUGCUCGGUGUGCCAUCUGAGGCAUAUUUAUAUGGCUUUAAGUUUCUCUAUAUGUGCCUGGGACAAGCCCUCAACUCCCUCAUUACUGCAGUUGUGUUCGUUCCUGUGUUUUAUCGUCUCAAAAUCACCAGCGCACAUCAGUAUUUAGGAAUGAGGUUUGGGAGAGGGAUGCAGCUCUUGGGAAGUUUGCAGUUCAUUGUAGCCACACUUCUCUACACUGGAAUAGUGAUCUUUGCUCCUGCAGUCAUCUUGAAUCAGGCCACGGGCCUAAAUAUGUGGGCGUCUCUUUUCUCAACUGGACUCGUCUGCACAUUUUACACAACAGUGGGUGGUAUAAAGGCUGUAAUCUGGACAGAUGUUUUUCAGAUUGUAGUCAUGCUCUCUGGGUUCGUUGCCAUCUUCAUUCAGGGCACCAUAUUGGCAGGAGGGCCUGCCAGAGUUUUAGAGAUCGCCAACAAUGGAUCCCGCAUCAAUUUUAAUGAUUUUGCCAUAGACCCUCAGAGGCGGUACUCGUUCUGGAGUUUCACAGUGGGCGGCACAAUGGUGUGGUUAUCCAUGUAUGGAGCCAAUCAGGCCCAAGUACAGCGCUACAUAUCAUGCAGGACUGAGAAACAAGCCCAACUGGCGCUGCUGGUAAAUCAGGUGGGUCUGUGUCUGAUUGUGAGCAGUGCAGCCACCUGUGGCAUUGUGAUGUUUGCUUUAUACUCCAACUGUGACCCGCUGAAGACUGGCAGAAUAUCUGCACCUGACCAGUACAUGCCGUACUUGGUUUUGGACAUUUUCCGGAAUCAUCCAGGCUUCCCGGGUCUUUUUCUAGCCUGUGCCUACAGUGGAACUUUAAGUACUGUCUCUACCAGCAUCAACGCAAUGGCAGCUGUUACUAUGGAGGAUGUAAUGAAGCCGUGGCUAAUCACUGUUUCACAGAGAAAACAGCUCUUACUCUCCAAGUCAUUAUCUCUGUUGUACGGGCUCGGCUGCAUUACAAUGGCUGCGCUCUCCUCCCUGCUGGACUGGGGAGUCCUUCAGGGUUCGUUCACAGUUAUGGGUGUAGUGAAUGGUCCACUUCUGGGAGCGUUUGUGCUGGGCAUGUUUGUUCCAGCCACAAAUAAACCGGGGGUUUUCUCAGGUGUGGCUGUGGGUUUUUGUCUGUCUCUAUGGCUCGCUGUUGGAAGCACAAUUUAUCCUCCUUCACCACAAAUAAUGGGUGUUUUACACACUAGCGCUGAUCACUGUCUAGCAACUAAUGCAACGCUCAACAGCACCACAGCAGUCACUAAAUCAUCAGUCCCCCGGGAUUAUGGCUUUCAAAAUAUCUAUUCAAUAUCAUACCUGUACUUCGGAGCCCUGUCAACUAGUGCAGUCAUGCUAGUAGGUGUGGUGGUUAGCUACAUUACAGGACCCACCAAGAAGGAUUCUAUCGGUCCUGGUUUGUUACGGUGGAACUUGGAACAAAAAACCUGUCAUAACUUGAAUGAAACUACAGGGACAGCACACAAUCCCACCGAAAUCCUUCUCAGUUCAAAAGAACAAUUUGCCACAGCUGAUAAACAAGUUGUUUUACUGAACAAAGGUGAAGUUUAGACAGGUGCAGGACCCGCUUUAAAAGUCAGGUUUCAAACUAAAUUUCCAAGAAAUAAUGCAGCUUAAAGGAGUAGUUCACUUUUUAAAAAAACUUUUGCUGAUAAUUUACUCACCCCCACGUCUUUCUUUCUUC